AUCUAAGAUCAAUUUGAGUAAGAAGAAGCUAUUCACUCGUUCUAUAACGAAGUGGUUGAAAACGUCCAAGCUCUUCACGUUUUUGUUUACAUUUAAGAACCCUUUAAUUUUUAAAAAGUGAUAAUUUAGAUCUUAGAAUCAUGGCUGAAAUAGUGGAACGCCAUAUGGAACCUAUGACUGAAGAAAUAGAGGAAAUGAGAAGAUUAAAAUUAUUUUCUAUUGCGGAAACAAAAGCUAUCCUAAAGAAGCGAAAACAUUUUGAAUGCAAGAUAAAUGGUGUUAUGAAGAAUAUACAAGAUUACAAAGACUAUAUACAGUACGAAAAAACUCUUUUGAAGGACAUCAAAUUGCGACGAAACAAAUUAAGGAUAGCUGAAAGGAAAAGUGGUAUAGAAGUAAAAAUAUUGAAGAGGAUAAAAAACUUAUACGAAAUAGCUUCACAACGAUUCUCUCAUGAUUUUAAUUUCAGUCUUGCUUAUUUUAAAUUUUGCAAAGAAUCUAAUUUCAAUCAAGCUGCUUCUCUAGUUGUUCAAAACAUGAUUAAAAAUUUUGCUCACAUAGCUGAUGUAUGGCAAGUAGCAGCUGCUUGGCACAUGAAACGAGAUAUAAAACAAGCUCUUAGUGUUAUUCACAAAGGUUUGACGAUUCAUCCUAGUUGCCAAUAUCUGUAUAUUGAAGCUAUUCAAUUAGAACUUUUAACCAGGGAAAAAGAUGAUUGGCCUAAUAAUGUGGAAAUCCAGAAUCGAGAUGAAAUUUGUUACAAAAAAAUAGAAACAUAUGUUGAUACUAUAUUCCAGAAUGUCGACAGUUACUCUUGUUUGAUAAAUGUUAUCAACAUGCUGGAGCCUUACAGUUUCACCAAGAAUAUCCAACACAAAAUUAUUGAACACAUGAUGUAUAAAUAUCGCAAUGAACCGGAAGUUUGGCAAACUUUAGCAGAAAGAGAAAAAGAAGGACAACAUUAUCCAGUUCCAGAGGAAUUAAGAACUUCAACAAAGUUCAGAUUGACGAAAUGUUUGGAAAAAUUUGAAAUGGGAUUGUCUUCGGUAUCUAGUGAGAAAAAACCAACUAUGUGGAUGUUAUAUUUGGAUUUUUUGAUAGAUCGCUACCAGCAGAAGGAUGUAUCAAAUAAUAUGAUCAAAAACACUUUGAUACAAAAAUUAGAGCAGGCUAAUAAAGAAUCGGUUCUUACAGAGAGGUACUACAUAAUAUGGGCGAAACUAUUGUCUGAUGAAAAUAGAGUUCUAGAAAUUGUUGAAAGAGGUCUGAAAGCACUACCAAAAUCCGUAGAACUGUGGAAGUUGAAAUUAAAAUGUAUGGUGAUGAAAGAUGACACAAAUGCCUUAAAUAUGGCUUUCAAACAAGGACAUCUCGCGUUGAGGGAAAAUUCCGCGCCACUUUGGCAAUUAUUGAUCAGAUAUCAUAUACUGUCGUCUCCAAAUGAAAUAAUUGAAGCUGUUUAUAGAGAUGCAGUUAGACAAGUUGAACAAAUUGCAAAUUUGAUUAAACCGGAUUAUAUUGAAUGGAUAGCUCUUAACAAAGAUAUACAAAAGGCUCGGGAAAUUUAUAAGACCCUUUCGAUAACGCCUCCGUAUUGCAAAGAACUGCAUGCGAAAAUGGCAAAAUUAGAAAUGACAGAGCAAGACAUCUCGAUCAAGGAACUAGAACGUCCGUUAAAAUUAGCCUGCGAGCAGUUUGGUAACAAGGACGCAGAUGUUUGGAUCAACCUUAGAGAUUGUUAUUUACAACAUCAUCAAUUAUUCGAAGAUACUUACCCUACUUUUGAUAUUAAUAAUAAAAUUCAGCAAAUCAGAAGAGAAGCAGAACAAGCACUCAAAGAUAAUGUCAUAAUGUUGGCAGAUUUUAUAAACAGAUACGAUAUGCCUAUAAAUUUUGAUGCUAGAGGGAAAUGAAUUGUGUUAAGUGUUACAUUUUAAAAGUAAAUAAAAAGAAUCGUGAUAAUAAA